AUGGGAACAGUAGAAUUAAAAAUAACAAAAAGAAAUGUUUAUUUAGGUUGUCAAAAACAAUUGUGGGGAGAAAACUGUACCAAAGCCUGCAGUUCACGUUGUCGCAAUGAAAACUGCAAUCCUGAAAAUGGGAAAUGUGUUUAUGGCUGCGAACAAAAUUUUGAUGGGGAUGAAUGUGAAAUCUGUGAUUCAACACACUAUGGUCAGAAAUGUGAAAAGAAAUGUAGCACAAAUUGUUUGAAUGGCACCUGUUUUUCGAGCAAUGGAACAUGUCUUUCUGGCUGUGUGGAGAACUUUGCUGGUGACAAGUGUAGUAUUGAUAUGAGUCAAAUCUCCAGCAACAAAGGUGGAGAGUCUGUAAUAAUUCAAGAUCCAGACGAGGACCCCCAAGAAGAAAAACCAGAGGAAGCCGUUUAUUACAGUAAUUUAACCGUCGCCAAAGACAUUGCUGUGACUAACCUCCUUAACCUGAUUAGAGAGAAGGAGUUUAACAAAAAUGAAGGUUUCGUAAAGGAAUUCAAGUCUCUUCCAUAUGGGGAAAGAUUUGACUGUACCACAGCUAAAAUGGAAGACAAUCUACUUAAAAACAGAUUCAAAACAACAUUCCCCUAUGACCAUUCCAGGGUGAAACUAGCACUAGAAGAUGGUUUUACCUCAGAUUACAUAAAUGCAAACUAUAUUGACAAUAUAGAAGGAAAUGCUGAAUACAUUGCAUGUCAAGGACCAAAAGAAAACACUGUUAUUGACCACUGGAGAAUGAUUUGGCAGGAGAAUGUAGAAUGUAUUGUCAUGCUGACCAAUCUCACAGAGGGAUCAACGAUCAAAUGUAACCAAUAUUGGCCAGACAAAGGCAAAGAAUUAAAAUUAGACCCUUUUCUCAUAAAUUUAGAAGAAGAGAUGUUGUAUGCAAACUAUGUGAUAAGGACAAUGACUUUACAGAAAAUCAGCGUCAAUUGGUCCAGGACGGUCAUACAAUUUCAUUACACCCGAUGGCCAGACCACGGGACACCGAAUCCAUUGAAUUUUGUCGUCUUUCAUAGACACUUUAGACACAAAAUGAACCCAUCUCAGCAUCCAAUCCUCGUACAUUGCAGUGCCGGGAUCGGACGAACGGGGACUUUCGUUGCCUUUGAUGUUCUGACUAGGUAUGGAAGUGCUACGGGCAAUAUCAAUGUCAUAGAGUAUGUCAAGGCCAUGCGUAAGGAUAGAAUGUCUUUAAUUCAGAAUGCAGAUCAAUACGUUUUUCUAUAUAAGGCUUUGUACGAGUUCUUCAGAAGAAAAGGAGUGUAUAUCAAACGUGAAGAAUUUAUAAAAUGCUAUAGCGAUAGCAACAGACGAGAAACAAAGAAAAAAAUAGCAGAUGAAUUCAAUAAAAUUUCAACUUUAAAACCAGCCUAUGAUGCAAACGAUUUUAAAAUGGGUAGGAAGUAUCCCACACAGAACUCUGCAAAAUCUGUUUUACCAGUUGACCACUACUUGGUGUAUUUGACGUCUUACGAGCGGGGUCGAGACUAUUAUUACAAUGCAGUGACUGUGUCUUCUUUUACUCGACCGUGUGAGUUUAUUUCUGCUCAACUUCCGGUUACUGGAGCUGCCAUUGAUUUAGCUCGCUUGCUUGUUGAUCAAGAGUCACAUUUCCUCAUAUCUUUUAAUCCUUUGUCUGGGAUAACAGAGAUGAAAGACUGGGUUGAUGAGGAAGUGAAGAUUUUUAAGCUGGGUCCAUAUGAAAUUAUCAGGAGUAUACAGUCAACUUUGAAAGAUGAAAUAAGAAAGACGGAUCUAAAAGUAAAAGAGAAGAAGAAUGUUCAUUUAUAUGAAUGCCUUGAUUGGAACAUCGGUGAUGUACUUCCGGCUGAUACAUCCACGUUCGUAAAUUUAAUCAAACAGUUCAGCCUUGACCGAAUAUCUGAACCAGAUGGCCCAGUAACUCUCGUCUCUGUGGACGGAGCAACAUGUUGUGGUGUAUUCAUGGCUGUAUAUAACGCAAUAGAACAGCUACAACAGGACAACGAAGUAGACAUCUGUACCAUUGUACAGCAUUUGCAGUGUUGCAGACCGGAAAUGAUUUCCACCAAGGAAGAAUAUGAGUUCUGUUUCAGAGCUGUUUGUGAUUUUUUUAAUACGGACAGUGUUUAUGCCAAUAUUUAA